AUGGGGCUGUGUUCAAGCAACUCCAUGAAGAAAGGGGAGCUAGAAGAAUAUCAGGUGCUGACGUUUCUCACCAAGAGAGAAAUCCUUCGCAUUCAUGAUGCAUUCUGUAGUGCGUGUCCCCAAGGGAAGGAUUACAGAGAAGAGAAACUCCCCGCAGAGCAGGUGUGCACUUGGCCACAGCUGAAGGUGAAUCCGUUCAGGGACAGGAUCUGCCAGGUCUUCUCCACGGAGGGCUCCUUCACCUUCGAGGACGUCCUCGGGAUGGCCUCCAUCUUCAGCCAAAUGGCCCAUCCCAGCCUCAAGAUAGAAUACGCAUUUCGGAUCUACGAUUUCAACAAUGACGGCUUCAUUGAUGAGGAAGACCUCCAGAAUGUCAUCCGUCGAUUGGUCAAUGGGAAUAAACUCAGUGAGGAGGAGAUUGCGUCCCUGGCCAACCAUAUUCUGGAGGAAGCUGACUUGGACAACGACGGGAUGCUGUCUCUGGCUGAGUUUGAGCAUGCCAUGACAAAGUCUCCAGACUUCUUACACUCUUUUAGGAUCUCCUUCUGAGGAAGGGCAGAGAGAUGGCAAGAUGCAACAUCCCAACGACUUGCAAGUACCAAGGCUCAAGAUCACGUUUCCAGCACUACCACCAGCACCAGCUUCUGCACCAGAUUGUUAAGGAAGGAUCCAAGUAGCAUAGCAGACUAUGUAUAA